CAGUGAUCUUCCUCUUCCUCUUCCCCCCAAUUUAACCCUUUUUUUUUUUUUAAAUAAAAUCGAAUAAAAUCUUUUUGGUGCUUGAUCUAUCCUCUUCGUUUUCAAUCUCCAAGAAUCAGUUGAGAUCAGAUUCAAAUGGUGGUGUCUAGACAGUUUCACGACCUUUAAUCUCAACCAAGGAACAAGAUCUGCGUUGACUGUGCCCAAAAGAAUCUGCAAUGGGCUUCGGUCUCCUAUGGCAUCUUCAUGUGUUUGGAGUGCUCCGGCAAGCACUGUGGUCUCGUCGUCUAUAUUUCUUUCGUCAGAUCUAUUACCAUGGACUCUUGGUUUUGAUGGAGGUGAAGUAGGGAGACCAGGCUGCUUUGCUGCGGCUGCUCACGAAGGAGAUAAGGUGGUCCUCGGCGGGUGGAACGAGUUGGGCGGUUGGCACGGGUCGAACGAGUCGAAUGGGUUUGGACGGGCCAACUCUCAAAACGGGCCAAAGCAUGCACUCGGCCCCUUUUUAAGCCCGGGUCCGAUUGAACCGAUCCAAUCGAUCGGGCCGAGCCGAAUUUUAAACCAGUGAUUUUUAGUCAUAUGUUUGAAACUUUCAAAGUUAAUUGUUAGGUAUUUCUAUAAUGCAAUACUUUGAUAGCAUAGUACGCCUUUUAGUUACAAACUAAUAAUCAUGACAAUUACAU